AUGGCCACCGAAGCUGACCUGAUGAAGCCUCUUCAGCCGCUUGACCUUAUCUUCAGCUGCAACAUCUGCCAUGAAUCCAUUCGUGACAUUUCCAGUCCUGUACAGGACGUCAAAGAACUCGAAGGCGGCCGCAAACCAGUCGCGAAACUUUGGAUGACCGAAUGCGCACAUCUGAUAUGUGCGAAACACCUCGAGGGUGGAGCUCCUCCGUUCCAUCCUGCCGGACAAGCUCCUCGCGCCGUCUGUCCUGUCUGUGGCAAUAGGCAGAACAACCGUGCGCUCAAGCAGAUGGUGGCAUGGACGCGCUUCGGGUAUGUCAUCAAACCCAAAUCCAUGUGCGAGUUUCGACUAAUAUUGAUCAAGUUUCAAUUCCUUGGUCUUGUUACAUACGGUAUUGCUGUCGCCACCAGAUUUCGCAAUCUGCAGACGGCGCACUCCCAUCUCAAGGACCAGACAGACAAGCUCAAGCUGGAAAAGACGGAAGCCGAGACAGAGAUCCAGACGCUAACCGAGCGGAUAACGUUAGCGGAAGAAGCAGAGAGAAAAUACAAAGCCAAAGAGCCUGAAAUCAAGCACUACCUCCAGCAGUUCGCCCUGGUCAAACGAGAGCUAGAUCGCCGCAAUGAAGACCUAAGACGACUUGGUCAUCAUCCUCCUCAAACCGAUUACACUUUCCAUUCUCCCCGCUUGUAUAAGGACGACGCAUCUACUGGACACACUCAACGUAGCGACCGCGUUGAUCGAGCCAACCCGAGAACCGUGGACGACUAUAUCCCGAGUGUUUCGAGUACCACCAUGCGGGGGGACUCUUCAAGAGCUCGUAAGCAACAAAACCCUUUGGCGAACGUUUGUUCUAACAUUGUGCAAGAUGUAGAAGAUGAUCUCCAGAGACCCGAAAGCAAGAAACGCAAAGUUGACGAGUAUCGCUAUGAGCCGAAUAACAUAAAAAGCCCGUCCAAAGGCUCAGCAGUGCAGAAGCGGCCUGGGAUAAGACUUCCACCUGCAUCAUCAAUCACCGGCACCGUCCCUUCGAGGAGCAGACAUUUUCAACCAUAUCCUACGCCAUAUCAAAGCAACAGUCAGCGAACGACCAAUAUACACCAUGAUGACGGUAUAAGCAUCGGUUCUCAGUUAACAUACACUCAACGACAAAACUGGGAGCCAUGGGAUCGUACUGGAGCCGUCCACAAUCCUGCCGUUACGUCUGACGAUCGCCUUUAUAUGAGCGGUGCUUUACAGCCGGAAGACUCAGACUUCGACCCGUCCAUCCCCUUCGAAGCGCCUAAGCAGCAAAAGAGUAAGAUUCAGCCAGUCGAUAGCAUCGAUGACAUCUCGAGAUCCAACUUCAUCACAUCUGAACCACUUUCAGCGCAUGUGCUGUCUGCUCAGCAAUAUGCAACUGGAGGAGAUACUGCAUACGACUCACGCAGCACAUUCCAUGAGCUGCAAGAGCCGUAUGGCGCUUACUCGGCGACUAAUCAGUACUCGCCGCGGGCUCGAGAUUCACGUACAAACUAUGAUCAACAACAAUCUUUUGAGCGUCCGUCUGCUCAACGUGUCUUGCCAAGGCCGUAUCAGUCGCCAUAUCGCGGAUCACAGACUCAACAGAACGCAUUCCAAACGCUAUACGAUCGACAGAGGAAUAGACCUCAUACUCCAUCUCCACAGCAGGUCAGCGUUCUCCAACAGUCAAAUGAUACCUCAGUGAGCAGCCCUUUCUUCCGAGCAGACCAAAAUCGUAGCUCCAGACGCUACCCUAUCUCUUCUCCUAUGGUGUCUCAUUCUAAUCAGCAGACCAUACCAAGUUUCAGGAUGGCACCGCCUCAGAGACCUGUACAAAGCAGCUUUCAAUCAAGGUCCCAAACAAUGAACGGUCUCUCUUUCGUUGAACGUCCACAGAACGGUCGUGAUUAUGGUUACGAAGUUGACGCGAUGUUUGACGAUCGUCAAAAGAAACUCACGAACCGAGCUCCAAGAGAUCCCAAUGGUCUUUUCGUGAGACGUGACCUGCGUGAAGGCUCAAUGCUAGUAGAUGAUUCGAGACGCGGGACAAUGCAUUCAUCCUUCUACUCCGGUCGACCUCAACCAUUACCUUCGAAGGUUCCAUCGUUGGCAUCGAGCAUCAACAUACCUCAUUCAAGAAGAGGACUAACAUAUGAUCGAACACUCAGCAACAUACGGGGCGUUAAGGGGGGCUCAACAUCGUCAAGGGGCUUGUCAACGGAGCUGUUCGGCUCGAGACCUGUGUUUGGUCGAGUUGAGGCUGAGCAAUCUUGA